UGAACGCAUCAUGCGCAACACCGCAACGGACUAAUAAACAGCCCCUUUGAAGAUGAACUACUUUACCAUCACUUUACCUCUUUCACUCAAUUUAACGGUUAACAAAUUGAAAACAAGAUAACCACGGCACAGUGUUUUAUUGUCCUUAACCUUUUUGUCCAUCGAGAAGCUUUGCGUUGGAGCGAAUCAAUUCUGGAAGUAGGAUACAUAUCACCAUCCCGCGCGCUCUGCCUCUCUCCCUCUCUGUCUCAAGUGUUAUCACGUGCGUGAGCUAAUUUCUUCAAGCAGCGUUGGGGUUGCACAAACAGAUUCAGGUUCCAAACUGUUUAACUUCUCAGCGAGAAUGUUAUGAAAACUCGAUCUGAUUGAGGUCAAAUAUUUAGAUAAUUGGAACGGUGUAUGAUAAGAGGCGGGAAGAAGAACUUUGGAGAAAUACCUUAUUCUAUGACCUUUAAUAACCGGUGUCUUUACUGCUCUUCAUCCAUAUGGGACGUUUUCCCUGAGCUCGAGACAUCUGCCGCGCACUCUGCGCUGUCCAAACUCUCUGCCACCGGGAAUACUACGCGCUUUUGUCAUAGGUUGUUGUAUUACCUCAUUGGAAAAUAUAGGGCAAUUGUUUCAUGGUAGACUUGGGUUGCAUGCAUCAAUGCCAAGAAAUUUCAUUAGGGGAACUUUGCCCAAGGAAAACGAGAGCUAUCUGUGUAGGAUGGAGCCGGAGGCCAAGGAGAGAGGGACGACAGAGAACAGAGGCAGCUCCUCUACGAGGGAGCAACACUCCUCCUGCUCCAGCCUCAAGAUGUUCCUUGUGGCCCUGUCGUUUGCCUACUUUGCCAAGGCCUUGUCUGGCAGCUACAUGAAGAGCACAAUAACCCAGCUGGAGAGACGCUUUGACAUCCCCAGUUCCCUAACAGGUGUCAUCGAUGGGAGCUUUGAGAUAGGUAACCUGUUGGUGAUAGCAUUCGUGAGUUACUUUGGUGCAAAGCUGCAUCGGCCCAAGAUCAUAGCCAUGGGCUGUGUACUGAUGGCAGUGGGAACAUUCAUCAUCGCUCUGCCACACUUCCUCAUCGGACGCUAUAAGUUCGAAACGUCAAUCCGAUCGUCAGUGAAUUCAACCAAUAACCUCUCCCCAUGUCCAGCGCGCCUGUUGUCACCCUCCGCGCUAGCUUCGGGUGACCCGCUUUCUGAGGCACCAAGCACAGGGACAGUAGGUUGUGAAGGAGAGUCCAACCUCUCCAUGUGGAUCUAUGUGUUCCUGGGGAACGUCUUACGAGGGAUCGGGGAGACUCCAGUGCAGCCCCUUGGGAUCUCGUAUAUAGAUGAUUUCGCCAGGGAGGAAAAUGCUGCAUUUUACAUUGGCUGCGUUCAGACCAUAGCAGUCAUUGGUCCUGUGUUUGGCUAUUUACUGGGAUCCCUGUGUGCCAAAAUAUAUGUGGACAUUGGAUUUGUCAACAUGGAGAGUAUCACCAUAACCCCUGGUGAUGCUCGCUGGGUGGGGGCCUGGUGGUUAGGUUACCUUAUAGCUGGGGUGAUCACCCUGCUUUCAGCCAUCCCCUUCUGGUUCCUGCCCCGUUCCCUGCCCAUCCCGUCAGACCGAGGCCCAGCCCAGUGCACCCCGGAGCAGACUAGCUUCAUCAAAGACUCCCCUCUUCUGGAGCAUAAAUACAAAGCUGACGAGCCAGACAGCUUUCUGGAGAUGGCCAAAGAUUUCAUACCAACGUUGAAAACCCUCCUGGGGAACCCAGUGUACUUCAUCUACCUGUGUGUGACCAUCAUUCAGCUGAACUCUCUCAUCGGCAUGGUAACCUACAAGCCCAAGUACAUAGAGCAGCAUUACGGACAGUCAGCAUCAAAAGCCAAUUUCCUGAUGGGUACGAUCAACAUCCCUGCCGUGGCGUUGGGAAUUUUCACUGGCGGCCUACUCAUGAAGAGGCUGAAGCUGAGCAUCAUGGGAGCGGCCAAGUUUGCGUUCAGCACCUCUCUGAUAGGCUACUUCCUAUCCCUCUUCUUCUUCGCCAUGAGCUGCGAGAACGCCAAGGUGGCCGGGAUCACACUGCCCUAUAACAGGGUGGAUGGUGUAUCAUAUGAGGAGCCCUCAGUGUUCUCAGCCUGUAACUCAGACUGUGUGUGUUCAGACAAAGACUGGGACCCUGUCUGUGGAGAGGACGGCAUCACAUACGUCUCUCCCUGCCUGGCCGGCUGCCAGACCUCCACAGGAUCAGGGAAGAACACAGUGUUCUCUAACUGUAGCUGUGUGGUGACAGCAGGGCUGAGCAGUGGUAAUCUGACAGCCAGUGUAGGCCACUGUCCUCACAGAGACGACUGUGACCGCGUCUUCCCUUACUUCCUGGCUCUCUCUGUCAUCACUUCAUUUAUCAUCUCCCUGGGUGGCACGCCAGGCUACAUGGUCCUCAUCAGGUGUAUCAAGCCUCAACUGAAGUCCUUAGCUCUGGGGUUCCAUACUCUGUCCACACGUACACUUGCGGGUAUCCCAGCGCCCAUCUACUUUGGGGCGAUCAUCGACACCACGUGCCUGAAGUGGGGCCAGAAGAGAUGUGGAGGGACAGGAGCCUGUCGGAUAUACAACACUACAUCAUACAGGAUAGCGUACCUGGGUCUGACUAUGGGCCUGAGGACAGUUUCCUUCCUGCUGUGUAUAUUGGGAUUUGUGCUGCUCAAACGACACCUGCGGAGAGAGGAACGCAGCGCCCACCAAGUGGCCAAUGGCGGAGCAGAACUGGAGGCACUCAGGAAAGAGGAGGUCCUAGCCUUCAACUCGGACCAAUCACUACGGACUUCAACAACCGACUACAACAACACAGAGAGAGAGACACGGCUGUGACAGUCUGAGCCAAUCUCCUCUGAUCCCUCACGUUACACACACACACACACACACACACACGCGAGAUGUGCAGGAACCAACAACACUCUGCGCCUGACCAUCUCAUCUUAUAGAACAUAAAUUAUAUAUUUGUACUGGACCUGUCUAGGUUAUGUAUAGUAAAAAAAUAACAUGUUUUUGAUAUAACUGAAGUAUUUAAUGGAUGUACCUGCUGUAUUUUACAAAAACACAAAUGUAACAACAAAGAAUGUCAUAUUUGUUGUUGGUACAAAGAAAGCAUUUGAUUGAAUUUGUUAACCAUUGGUUAAUUGUUUUUACUGCAGUGAGAGUCCAGUUUCGGUCACUGAGUAUUUUUGUAACAACUCUUAAGGUAGUCUACAUUAUAAUAUUGUUAGACAGCCUCAAUCUGUUGAAAGAGAAUGUCAGACAUUCUGUGUUUCACUACUGUAAACAUUGCCAAAAUGUGAUCUCAAUAGCCCUGUUUAUACCGGGUUCUAACAUGCAUCCUUCGUCCUGAUCUUGAUUGGCCAGUGUUACCUAGUGUUGAUAUUUCAGUUUAACAUUUGUAGUGUUGAUUCCGGUGUUCAAUUAACUCUGUAAGUGUUAAAAUUAACACUCAGUGGUGUAAAAUAAGCCCACUGUUGGUGUUAAUAACCAGUGUUAAACCAAAACCACACUCAUCAUUAUAAUAUUUCCCAGCAUGCUCUAUUGCAGGUAGAUUCUUUUUUUAUAGAUUAUUUCAAUAUCUAUGUUUUUGCAUGUACAUUGAUUGAUUAAUUAAGUUUAUGCUACUCAAAUAUAAAUAACAUGCAUUUUUCUAAACAAAUACAAUAUGUUACUUGGACUUAUUGCACCCGGCAAUGAAAUGGUUGCUCCAGUUUAGAUGCUUUAGGUAGUCUUAUCUCUUAUCCUUCCCAACCCAGCAAUCAUUCUUGCAGGUUGCUGGUGAAUAAAAAUUCCAAACUUUGGCUAACCCUACUCUGGCAGGAUUCCAAUAGGAAUUACACAUCACUUUGCAAGCCAGCAUAAUGUGACUUGCACACCUGAUUUUGCCUGUAAACCAUGAGUUUCUGGCCACUGUAUUAGGGUUCAAACUAGGCCCUCAAAAUAAGGCCUUAUGAAUUGAGUUGUAUAAUUGUAUUUUAAUGAUAACAUAUUCACUUGGUGAAGGCCACAGGACUUAACAUGGAUGAAUGCAACAACCAUGUCUCUGUAACUAACAAGUACAGUAAUGGGUGGUAACUACAAUUAACUCGAAAGGCAAGGCACUCUGGGAAAUAUUCAAAUAAGGAUUUACACUAAGCAGUGUGUUAAUUUAACACUGAAAAGUGUGGGCCUGUAUAGACACUGGACCAGUGUUAAAUGUAACACACUCAGUAUUGAUUUAACACUGGAGAAUUUGCUGUAUAAGAUCUGAUCACAAUCAGAUCACAAUGCGCCUGUCUAAAAAUGUGGGCACAAUCAGAAUGUGGACAAAGGACACGUUAGCACAAGGUAUAAACGGGGCUACUGUUCAUCAUGUCUGUGUGACUGUGUUGUGCCACAGGAGAUGCCACUGUGCCAUCUUACCAUAGCUGUUCUCUGCCUUUGGUGUGCAGCAGGAGCUUUCUUAUUUCAGUUAUGAUCAAGUCCACCAGGUGGCAGUAUUGCAUACUGGUAGUAAAUUCAUCUCUUGUCUAGAAAGUUACAGUAAUAUCACAAUGAAUUGGGAUACAUACAAUUAACAACUCAAAGAUCAUUAUAGAUAUCAAAUGCACAUCCACUGGACCACUAUACUGUGUUAUAGUUCUACCAUCAGUGACCAUCCACUGUAGGUGCCAUUUUCAUUAUGAGAAGUGAAGCAAAUUCGCAUAAUUUAUUGGUCAGUCUGUGUCUGCAUGUCUGAAUGUGUAUACGUUGUGUACGUAUGUUUGAAAGUUUUAGGGCUCUAUUUAAUCUGUAUCGCUGAAGUGUUAAGAUUGUGCGAUAGAAAUUGAAAUGUCAUUUCCGAUUGAGCCGACAUACAGUGCAUUCGGAAAGUAUUCAGACCCCUUGACUUAUUCCACAUUUAGUUACA